UAUAGCCGAAAUAUCAACAUGCUCAAUGUCAAUGUCAAAUAGGUUAUAACCUCAAUAAUGCAUAUUUUAUCUGUUGUGUUUUAUUUACAUAUAGUGUCUGUGUAAAUGUAGUAAAAUGCUACAGAAUAGUAAAAAAUUAAGAAGCCUUUGUGGGGCACUCCAAAAUAUUCAUUUAUGUCGAUCCAAUUUAGUCGCUGAAAAUAGUGCUAAACAUGCGGUAACAUUAUUUCAAGUUAGAGGAAAGAAAGAUGAUUCUACAUUAUCCUCCUUAUUUGUUCCUAUACAAAUUAAAGCAAAUCCGGAUGAUAUAAAUGUAGGAGCUGAACUCACAGGUUCUUUAAAUAAGGCUGAUUUAUUGAAGGUUUUAAAUAAAUUCUACCAGAAUAAGGAGAUAAAACAGUUGCUUAUGGACAAUGGAUUGGACAAUUACCUUCAGCAUCAGAGCUACAUAAGCUUCAGGAGAUACUGUCUAGAAGCACAGACGUUACCUGUUGACUUACAUGUCGUGAUAAGUGAUGUUUUGCAAGGAGCAGGCAAUCCUACUGAUAUUUUCCCUUAUUUCUUGAGACACGCUAAACAAAUGUUUCCCCACUUAGACUGUAUGGAGGAUUUGCGAAAAAUUUCAGACUUGAGAACUCCGGCUAACUGGUAUCCUCAAGCAAGAGCAAUAAAUAGAAAAAUAAUUUUCCACGCUGGCCCAACAAAUUCUGGAAAGACUUUUCAUGCUUUAGAAAGGUUCAUCACAGCCAAAUCUGGAGUUUAUUGUGGUCCUUUGAAAUUAUUAGCUAGCGAAGUGUUUAAUAAAACGAACAGCAGGGGCACACCUUGCGACUUAGUAACGGGCGAAGAACGAAAUUUUGCAGACCCAACUGGAAAUGCAUCUGGUCACGUAUCGUGUACUGUCGAAAUGGCUUCAGUAANUGGGUUAAAUAAUCUAGAAUAUGUAGAUGAAGUGGCAGUGAUUGAUGAAAUCCAGAUGAUAAAGGACCCUCAAAGGGGAUGGGCUUGGACUAGGGCUUUCUUGGGCUUAAUAGCUGAUGAGAUACAUAUUUGUGGUGAAGCAGGAACUAUCGAUUUAGUUCAACAACUCUGUUUAACCACUGGGGAGGACCUGGAGGUUCGCCAUUAUAAAAGACUGACAGCUUUAAAAAUUGAAGACUCUGCGUUAGGUUCUCUGGACAAUGUUCUGCCUGGAGACUGCAUUGUAUGUUUUAGUAAAAACGACAUUUAUUCUGUUUCGAGAGGUAUCGAAGCGACUGGCAAGGAAGUAGCUGUAAUCUACGGAGGUUUACCUCCAGGUACCAAGCUAGCUCAAGCCGCCAAAUUCAACGAUCCUGACAACAGUUGUAAAAUAUUAGUUGCAACAGACGCAAUUGGAAUGGGUUUGAAUUUGAGUAUUCGUAGGAUAAUAUUUUAUUCUCUUAUUAAGCCAAUUAUGAACGAGAAGGGUGAGAAGGAAAUGGAUACGAUAUCCGUGUCUUCGGCUUUGCAGAUAGCUGGGAGAGCUGGAAGAUACGGCACUCAGUGGGAACAGGGAUAUGUAACGACAUUUAAGCCAGAGGAUUUGAACACCCUGAAAAAUCGGUUGUCUUCUGAUCCAGAGCCAAUAGCACAAGCCGGGCUGCAUCCCACCGCUGAUCAGAUUGAACUUUACGCUUAUCACUUACCAAAUUCAACGCUUAGUAAUUUAAUGGAUAUAUUUGUUAGUCUUUCGACGGUGGACGAUUCUUUGUACUUCAUGUGUAACAUCGAGGAUUUUAAAUUCCUAGCCGACAUGAUCCAGCACGUUCCGUUGCCUUUGCGAGCCAGAUACGUGUUUUGCUGUGCGCCUAUCAAUAAGAAAAUGCCGUUUGUCUGCACCAUGUUCUUGAAAUUUGCAAGGCAGUACAGCAAAAACGAGCUAAUUACUUUUGACUGGUUGUGCAGAAACAUAGGGUGGCCUUUGCAGCCCCCAAAAACCAUAAUCGACUUGGUUCAUUUAGAAGCCGUGUUUGACGUUUUGGAUUUAUACUUGUGGUUGAG